AUGUGGUCAAAAGACCCUUACUUACGAUCUGACAUUGUUGCAUCAGCUAUGAGCAGAAACAAAUUUGAGAAGAUUAAAUCAAACUUAAAAUUUUACAAACCCGAGGUCGCAGAAAAUACAAAAGACAGGGCAUGGAGAGUUCGUUCAAUGUUAAACAUAUUCCGCAAAAAUCUUGUUCAAUUUGGAAUUUUCUCAACGGCGGUAUCAAUUGAUGAAAUGAUGACAACGUUCUAUGGUAGAUGUGUUAUGAAACAGUUCAUCAAAGCAAAACCUAUUAGGUUUGGCAUAAAAAUGUGGGCUUUAUGCAGCGCUUCAGGAUUUUUAUUUGACUUUGAUAUUUAUUGCGGGAAAAAUUCCGAUAAGGGUGAAGUUUUGACGAAUUGUGCUUUAGGCAGUCGUGUGGUACUUCAGAUGCUUCAGAAACUCUUGUUCAACAUUCCUGCAAAAAAGCUGUUCAAAUAUCACGUUUAUUACGAUAAUUUGUUCUGUUGUCCUGACUUACUAGUGCAUUUAAAAAAAGCGGGUCUUCGGGCAACUGGUACAGUCAGAGAGAAUAGAAUAAAAGAAAAAAACGACAUUUCAAAAGAUACUCCCAGAGGAACAUUUGCUGUCAAACACGACAAAAACAGUGUUUAA